UUCAUUCUUGUCGUUUCAAGCUUAGUCACAUGAUCAAAACAUGGCCUCCAUGGAAGUCCGUCAUCCACAAGAAAAUUAUCAGACAGGAUUUUCACCCGAUCAAGCGACCCUCAAGCAAUAUUUAGAAAAUGCAACAGAUGCUUUACUAUUCAAAAACUUUGAUGCAUGCAUUGAAAACUGUGAAAACGGACUAAGUCGUGUAAAAUUGUGUACGGAACUGGAGAAUUUCAGUGCUAAGGAGUACAUAGAGCGACUCUGUGUUCUGGCUGUGCAGGCUCACGCUGAGAGAAACACAUGGCAGGAAGUGCUGCCAUUUGUUCAGAAAGUUUACGGUGACAUAGAACAUUCCCCUGCAGCAGUGCUACAGCUAUGCUUACUGCUGUAUGCCAAACUUCAAGAUUACCCACAAUGCCAGGCUCUGGCCAACAUUUGGCUUCGUAACCAAGACAACUUCACAGAUCCUGAGUACCCACAUAUUGUUGACAUUUACGUGCAGCAUGCUAUGUUUCCACGGAAACUUCACAGUCUAGUCCCAGCAUUCCUGGAUACUUGUCAUGGAUUGAGUGCUUCUCAAAAACAACAAAUGAUACAGCAGUAUGCCAUUUCCAUUGAAAAUGAAUUGAAGAGUAGCAGUGAAGAAGGUUCAAAAGGUACAACAUCACCUGAUAGAAAUGUUGUCAGAGAAGAUGAAAGUGGUGAGCCAGAGGGAGUGUGGGCCUACAUAAAGAGACUGAGCCUGCUGUUGUUCCAGAGAAUGAAGCCCUACAGUCUGUCGGCCAUUAUCUCCCUCGCAGUCAUUCUUCUGGCAUUUUUAUCUCUCCGAUUUAACAAAGGUCCUUUUUCUAGGAUUCAGAGUGCAGUCCUACUGUUGUGGCAACGAUUAGUCUGAACAGCCUAAAAUGAGAGCUAAUUGGCCGAACUUGGCUAAAUGUACUGCUAGAAAAAUUAAUUAUCAAAAACUUAAA